UGUUUAAAUUCUCAAGUUUAUUAUUAUUACUAAAAAAAAAUAAUGUACGCUACAUACUAUUUUAUUUAAUUCGUGAAGAAAUUUCCUAGCUGAUCAUGCCACAUAACCGUUGAGUUAAGACAAUAACUACAUAGUUGUCUUGUUUCUUUUCGUAUGUCUGUAAACCAGUAACUGGUAACGGUGAAUUUUCAUAAAUAAUUGCAGUUAAUAAAACCAAAUUGAAAUCGCACUGAAGUUAAAGAGAAUGUCGUUGAUCAAACCGUUUUGACAUAUCUGGAGCAAGAGCUAAAGAAGUAGAGGUACCAGGAGUUUGACAUAGUUUUUAAUUGAAAAUCAAUUUUAAGACUAAUUUUGCCGUUUGAGUGAAACAUCGAAAUUAAACUAGAACAAAAUGAUUCCAACAACAGUUUCAAGUUCUCCAACUACUGUCACUUCUAGUAUUUGUAUUAGUGGGAACACUUCGAACAAUAACCAACAGAGCUCCUCAUCUGUUAUAAUUGGUCUAGCUUCAUUGAUACUAGAAGGUCGCGGAAUUGCAGAUGAAGAAUAUCAAUCCAAAACACAACGUCUAACUAAGUUGAAUGUUGCCGAAUUGUUACUAUACAAUGCUGAAGCAGUUGGUGGUGCCGGAGUUGGUAAUGGUGGAGGUGGUGGUGGUGUUAGUGGUGGUGUUGGUGUUGGUAAUAAUGGUAGGCAAUCACCCAUGCCCUCUACAUCUAAAGCAGCUACAAAUUCCGUUAUAAAUAUUACAACGAAUCCACAUGCCUUUGGCUGUGCUACAGCCUCUUACUCAUAUGAUACGCAUCAUAGUAGUCCUGGUAGCUCAUUGGCAGAGAGUACGCAUCAACGUUGGACACAGAAAUUGUGUCAAUUACGUCAAGCUUCACCAGGAGCCGGUCUUAGUUCAGUUUAUGGUCAGAAUGUUGCUAUAAGAGCACAAAGCACUAAAGAUGAACCAGAAGUUAUAGCACUAUUAGGUGAAUGUCAAACACUACGACAUGAAUAUGAGUUUUUAAGUCGAGAUUUCUUAAAUCGUCAUGGUACUAAUUCUGCUGUUGCUUCUGCUGUAAGUGCAUCACCUUCAUCAGCUUCUGGUACAGAUAAUUUCUUAUUGUCUCUACAGUCAUUAGCCACAACAUGUUUGAGAGGAAGCAGUCCAUCAACAGAUACAGCUUGUCAUUUUACAAAUCAAAUUAAUCAGCAUAUACCAUCAGUUGGUAUAGCAGCUACAUCUUCAAAAUAUAAUUACCGUGCCACUCCACCCAGAUUUCCCAGUCCUUAUAUCGCGGAUACACCAGGCUCAGCUAGCAGCAGUGGAAGCUGCGUUCAAUCACCGAAACAUAUGUGGUCACCUGUAAUGAAUGACACUGUUUGUACUACUAUCAAUAACCAAAAGGAUAAAUAUAUACAACAAUCAACUGGCCGUUUAGCAACUGCAACAGUUCCAAGCUCUGUGAGUGACGAUCUAUCAAAUACAACAAAGGGUGCAAUAUACCCUAAACAGGGUCCACACUGUGAUCAGUUCCUCAGAAAAAUGGGUCUAAGCACGCAAUCUCAGACUGCUGAAACUGAGGAUCACAUCUGUGAUAUGUCUAUAUUAAAUAUAACCUGCUCCCGUUGGCGAGCUCACUGCCUUAGAAUGGAAGCCAUAAUUGCACGUGGAGAUUCCGUGUGCAUUGAAGUGUAUUUGGGUCCUGUGGGUAAUAAAAUAUUGCUCGAGCAAUGGGUAAUUACGAAAAAAGAAAAAGUUCCACCACCAACAAUGACAUUGACCUCAUUGUGUAGUGCAAUACGUAGUCAACUAUAUUUCUCCCAAAUAAGUGCCUGGUGUGAUUUAAUCAAAAAAUCCGACAAAUCAAUUUAUUAUACAGGACGCCUUAUAUUCCCGACACCAACAGGUGCUGCAGGUGAUCUUGCCACGCUUGUUGCUAUGAAUUCUACAAAUAUAAAUGUAACGCCCGGAACAUCACCAACAUCAACCACUUCAUCGCUCCAUGAAUUAAGUCAUGCAAUGAUAAAUCGAAAACCACGUCUGAACAUAUUUUAUCGCGUCAAGCAGUAUGAUUCAACUGCUUCCUUUAAUUCAAAACCGAAUGUGCACAAUUUUCCGAAUGUUAAUGUAUCCGAAAAUUGUAGCAUUUCAGUUUGUCUGAAAAGUCUUCCACGCAUAAAUGGCGGAAUACCAAAAAUUAGUUCAACGGUGCCUGCAACUGCAAUGACUGAGUGUUCCAGCACUUCAGCAGCAAAUGUCGGUAAAAUAUUAAAUCGUACCGCAACAAAAACAAAAACAAAAACUACAACAAAAACAAAAACAUCAACCGCAACUGCAACUGCAACAUCAACAACAACAACAACAGCAACAACAGCAGCAGCAACAUGCGAUGUAUUAAACUGUGAUAAUAAAGACAUAAAAGUAGCUAACUCAACUAAAGCAAUGGAACAAGUUGUUGCCACGAAGGAGAGACAGUCCGCCAGCGGCAAGCAGAAAUGUACGUUUUAUAUUGGUGACAAUAAUGGGAGCAUUGAUGAACUUGAGUGUGAUUGCAAUAAUGAUAAUGAUAAUGAUAAUGAUAAUGAUAAUGAUAUUGAUAGUGACGCUGGUAAACCUGGUGGAGAUAGUACAAAUUCAAUAAGUUCGAAUGUAUCUCUUUCACAUCGUGAAAAGCAAUUAAUGAAAUACCGGAAGCGUAUGUUGAAAAGAGACAAAAAACAAAGAAAGCCGGUUGUGUAUAAAUCAGAUAAUUCUAUGGAUUUAACCGAUAAUCAAAAACAUAAUAAUAAAAAUAGUGAAAAAUGUAUAUACCAACCAAUGGAAGAAUGCGAAAAAGAGAGCUCGAAUGAGUUAACCACAGUGGUAAAAACAACUGUUAUUCGCGGCAACAAUAAUGUUCAAAUGAUCUCAACUGGUACACAGACAUCAAUGACUUGUUGCCAACAAUGUGGCAGUGAGAAAACGUUUGUCUGUUUGAAUUGUAAAGGAAUUUAUGAAGUCGGUAAUGAUUCCUUAAGCGAAUUGGAUGAAAUGGACUCCUGCAGCAGUCUUAGCAGCAGUGAUAUACAUACGCCAAGGAAUCAUGCUGAACUGUUGCUGCAGGCAAUACAACGUACACCAAAAGCUGCCAAAAAUAAAAAACAAAUGCGCUCCAAAGCUGCCAUGUCGUCUAAUGCAAUGAAUUCAGCAGGAACAACUACAAGUGGAAAUACAGCGAUAUUAUUAUCACCAAUCUUACAAAAUAACAAUCACUUGAAUGUGACACCAGCAACAAGCGGCUCCAAUUGCCAUGUGUGCAAAAGACAAAAAACUCAACAUAACUUUUCUGGACGCUCAGAAGAAUCUGGCGAUGAUACUGAACUAAUAGCUGAUGAUGGUGAUGACGAAGAUGGCGAUGGGAGAGGUGACACUGGUGAUAAAAUUGAAUAUACAACUUUGAAGGAAGAGGAAGAUGAUAGUAAUAUUAUGGAAGAGGAAAUCUUAUUGACGACCACUAAAGUAACCGCUUUUGAGGAUUCCUCAACAAAAGAAUCGGGGUAUUUGGUGCUCCAAGAACGUGACGAGAAUAAUCAGAAAAAACAAUCACAUGGUCGAGAUGCUGUUGUUGUUAUGGUUGACAGUGUUAGCACGGCUGAGAAGCAGUUCAAAACACCUACUACUGAGCAACAACAAAAGUCACAUAAAAAAGAACAAAAUCAAGCAAAAAAACCAAGCAUGUUGCAAAUAACUCGUAAUUAUAAUAGUGAAAGUAGUUAUAAUUAUAAUGAAAGCACACCACCAAGUCACACCCGCUCUUUUACACGUAAAGGUUUGCCUAAAGUUAAUUUGACGCCCAUAUUCUGUGAUCCCGCCGCCACAAUUAAAGCUAGCUUAACUUCUCCUGUACCAAUUCGUUGUUCAACAACUGAUACCGCUUUUUGCUUUGAUGUACCAACUGUAAAUGGAACUUCAAAAACUCCGACCAAUAAUACCAAUCAUAUAGCUGGAGGUGACAUACCAGUGCAAAAAUCGUUUUCAGCUCCUACUUUGCCGAAUUCACCUUCACUCUCACCACGUUUCGCUAAGCAGGCAGCAAUCUAUAAACGCCGAUCUCGUCACCUUUCCGAUCGAUCUGAUCGUUCAUCACUUGGUUCAGAUGAACAGUUCUCUGAUGAAGAAGUAGAAUCUACUAUAUAUAGUCCUGCUACAUCGCCUAUGAAAAAUCGCACACGUAUGGCUGCUAUGUUUGGACGAGCACCAUUAUUGGGUAACUUAGAGGAAACCUUAUUACAAAAGCGUCUUAUGCCCAAAACAGAAGUACUUGGAUUUAAAGUUUUAUUAGGUGCAUCUGGACUUUUUUGUCCACCACAAUUAACUAUACCAGCUACAGCUUAUUUUUAUGAGUUACAUGGUGAAUCGCUUAGUACUCCAUACUUGUGUGAAAUACGCUUACCACGUAAGGGCUAUACUGUGCCACGUUAUGGUACUGUACAGGCAACAUUGCUGAAUCCAAUGGGGACGGUUGUACGCAUGUUUGUCAUACCGUAUGACAUGCGUGAUAUGCCAACAAUGCAUCAAACAUUCAUUAGGCAACGCGUUUUGGCUGAUUCAACUGUGAGCAACCUACUUGCAGAAUCCAAUGCGAAUAACAAUAAUAUUGAUAGCAAUGACUGUAAUAAUAAAAAUAGCACUGAUGUCAUUAAUAACACAAACAUUAAUUAUAGCCUUUCACCAAAUGGUGGCUUACAUAGUCAAAGCAAUUUAGGACACUUCAUAUCGGCUGAGAAUAUGAAACGUUUACGUUAUUCUAUACAUCUAAGGUUCCAAACUUCACGGUCUGGUCGGCUUAUGUUACACACUGAUAUUCGUCUAUUGAUCUCACGUCGCACCGAUUGUGACACUGCAGCUGCACAUGCCAAAGGCGUUCUCGAAGCACCUAACGAACUUAUUACCGAUACAGUUAUGCCAAUGAAUCCGAAGUACAGUGCACGACAAGACAACUCUAAUAAGAUUUAGUAGUUAUUGGAUUUACUACGAAUACAAACAUAUAUUCACAUAUAUAAUAUUUGGAAAAGGCUACGUAUUCGUUGGCAAUUUUUUCGUAUGCAACUUUAAGAAAACAGACAACAAACAAC